AUGUCUUAUUAACCGAAGGGACUCAAUGCAAUAAAAUUAUAGUAGAUAAAUCAAACGAUUUUCAAGACACGUAAAAGUUAAGAACAUCCUUGUGACCUUUCUUCUGAAUAUCAAUCUAGAAAUAAUUCUAUCAAACACACUAGAGCUAUUACACAACAUAAUUAAAGAAUAAUAAAUGAAGAUGACUCAUAAAAAAUGAUGAGACCUUAAACUUCUGAAGGUGGUAGAAGAAAUAGAAUUAUAGAAAAACAUACUUAAAUUGGAAAUCUAAAUUCAAACUUAAAGUGUGAUAUACUUGAAUGUGAAAAUGAAGAAGAUAAUUAGUAUAAAAUUAUUCAUUAACAAUAGAGAACAUCAAAUAUAUUAAAAUUAUCAUAUCAUAUGUAACUCUAAUAAUACUUCUAGAAGCACUUAAACAAAGGUUCCAUUUUAGACUACUCUCGAUUAAGAUUUUUUAAGUUUGUUUGCUAAUGAUUGA